AGCUUAUGAACCCUUUAACGAACAAUUGGAUUAGGAUUUCCUAAAACAACAUAAAAAUCCAAUCUUUCGUUUACCCUUCAAGACAUCUCUUCCCCCCUCCCUCUCUCGUAAACCCACCAAUUCCUCGCUGAAAGCGCGCAGCCUUUGAAUCAAGCAUCUAUUUUGAAAUUUCUGUUCUAGGAAGAAAGGGCGAGACAAAGAUCUGACCUUUGAUUUGAAGAGAAGGAGAAAGAUGGGCCUAAAACGCCUUCUUACCCAGGUCUCAAGGCCACAAUCACAAGUGAAGCUUCUGAAAAGCUUGUAUACCAGAUCAUACAAUACUUCUCAAACAGUUGUAUCUGAUGCAGUUUACAAGGUGGCAAGUGGCCAAAGAAGGUUUCAAUCAAGCUAUGGUGGAGGUUUUGCAAGAAGAAUGCGUGAACGUGAUGCAGACAACAGAGGAAGUGCUGCAUCAUUCAGGGAGCUUUAUCAUCAAAGUGAUCCAGAAGCUGUGAUAAGACAGUUUGAAAGUCAGCCUUAUUUGCACUCAAAUCCUUCAGCACUUAAAGAAUAUGUCAAAGCCCUGGUCAAAGUUGACCGAUUGGAUGAAAGCGAGUUGCUCAAAACAUUACAAAGAGGAAUGGCAGGGUCUGGGAAAGCAGGAUAUGAUGAAGAAAUGAUUGGUGGAUUUUCAGCUUUGAAAAAUGUUGGAAAAUCUACAAAAGAAGGUGUGUUGGGAACAGCUGCUGCCCCUAUACAUAUGGUGGCUACUGAAGGAGGACAUUUGAAAGAACAGAUAUGGCGUACAGUUCGUGCUCUGGGCAUGACUUUUCUUCUCAUGUCUGGUGUUGGAGCACUUAUAGAGGAUAGAGGAAUCACUAAAGGACUAGGUCUUCAUGAUGAGGUCCAACCAAGUAUGGAAUCCAGCACAAAGUUUAGUGAUGUGAAAGGUGUAGAUGAAGCAAAAGCUGAACUCGAAGAAAUUGUUUACUAUCUACGUGACCCUAAGCGAUUCACUCGUCUCGGUGGAAAAUUACCAAAAGGUGUUUUACUUGUGGGCCCACCGGGGACCGGAAAAACCAUGUUGGCCCGCGCAAUCGCCGGAGAAGCAGGUGUCCCGUUUUUCUCAUGCAGUGGAAGUGAAUUUGAGGAAAUGUUUGUUGGUGUUGGAGCAAGAAGAGUUAGGGAUCUUUUUGCUGCAGCAAAAAAACGUUCACCUUGUAUCAUCUUCAUAGAUGAGAUUGAUGCCAUUGGUGGAAGCAGAAACCCUAAGGAUCAACAAUACAUGAAGAUGACUUUGAAUCAGUUGCUUGUUGAAUUGGAUGGAUUUAAACAGAAUGAAGGGAUCAUUGUUAUUGCUGCAACCAACUUUCCUCAGUCCUUGGAUAAGGCUCUGGUCAGACCCGGGAGGUUUGACCGCCGUGUGGUGGUCCCCAAUCCCGAUGUUGAAGGCAGGCGCCAGAUUAUGGAGUCUCACAUGUCAAAGAUCUUAAAGGCGGAUGAUGUCGAUCUAAUGGUGGUUGCGAGAGGAACACCGGGAUUCUCCGGUGCUGACCUGGCAAACUUGGUGAACGUGGCGGCACUCAAGGCGGCAAUGGACGGUGCUAAAUCGGUAAGCAUGGCGGACCUCGAAUUUGCCAAAGACAAAAUCAUGAUGGGCAGUGAACGGAAAUCCGCCGUCAUCUCCGAUGAAGUCCGUAAGCUAACCGCCUACCACGAAGGCGGCCACGCCCUGGUGGCACUCCACACCGACGGGGCCCAUCCCGUCCACAAAGCCACCAUCGUCCCCCGUGGAAUGGCCCUCGGGAUGGUGGCUCAGCUGCCGGAAAAAGACGAGACGAGUGUCUCCCGGAAAGAAAUGCUCGCCAGGCUGGAUGUGUGUAUGGGUGGGAGAGUUGCAGAGGAGCUUAUCUUUGGAGAAGAUGAAGUGACUUCAGGAGCUUCUUCGGACCUUGAACAGGCUACAAGGCUUGCAAGAGAAAUGGUGACAAAAUAUGGAAUGAGUAAAGAAGUUGGUGUCGUUGCUCAUAAUUAUGAUGAUAAUGGGAAAUCAAUGAGCACUGAAACAAGACUUUUGAUUGAGAAAGAAGUACGCGGGUUUUUGGAAAAAGCAUAUAAUAAUGCCAGAAAUAUCCUCACUACUUACAGUAAAGAACACCAUGCCCUUGCUAACGCCUUGUUGGAACACGAGACUUUAUCUGGAAAACAGAUUAAAGAACUUUUGGCUCAAUUAAAUGCCAACGCGCCAGCUCAGCAACAGCAGCAAGUGGCGGCACCUCAGCGGGUGCCGCCUUCGACGCCGAAUCCGGCGGCGGCAGCGGCAGCUGCGGCCGCGGCUGCCGCCAGUGCGGCGUCUGCUGCCGCCAAGGCGAAAGGUAUUGCUCCGGUGGGAUCUUGAUGGUAGGUAGAAUGGUGUAGGGUUAUGUGCAUAUAAUGAUGGUGACUUUAUUAUAUACUAUACUUUCCUGAAAUGAGUUGAAUGCUUCUUUCUUUAUGGUGAUUUUGAACAUGAAGAAAAGUAAUGGAAUAUUGGAAGGGGCAGUGAAAAUGUUGAAAUGUUGAAAUGUUUUUUUUAGUAUUCUACAAGAGAACUUGUUAACAUAUUUGUUGUAUA